GCUGCGUUUACUUGCCCACAAACAUCUCUUUAUGUAUCUCCAUAUAUUUCCCUUCUCUCCACCAAAUUAUGGAAACUGUAUAAGUGUAAGUCAAUAUCUCAGGAAGGUCAUUUAAUUAGCUCCUAACUGCCACUACCUCUCCCUCCCCUAUUUUCCUCCCUUCCCUUGCACAAAAUAAAACCUAUGCUAUCCAAGAAAUCCUUUGCCCAUUCUUCAUUGAUCUUUCUUUCCUUUUAUAGCUUGGUACAAUCUUUAUACUUAGAGUGUAGCACAAUUUAAGCCUCAAAAACAGCAACAAUAACAACGUAAGAAUACACAACGGUUGGCGCGCGGCACUCCGAGCGCCAUACCGGACACCUGUAGUAAAUCUAAGAAAUCAAAAACACAAUCUUUGUCAUCUUUUUAAGGUUUAUCAUAAUUGUUGUAGAAAGAUCAACAACAUUCAAAUCCUUUGUCCCGUCGUGUGCGGUGGUGGGCAGCGGAGAUGGCGGCAGCGGUUUUGGAGCAGACGAAAUCGGUUCUUACAAUGACAGGGAGGGUUGUCAACGACAUCCUCAGCUUCAUCGUCUUCUCUGUCCUCGACAUACUAGACUUCGUCCUAUGUUACACUUACAAGGUGGUGGACUUCAUCGUGGAGGGGGAGUGGAAGUCGUGCUACUGCUCGUCCACCAAGGCCGCCGCCAGAACCAGCGGCGGCUGUGGCGGCACAAUCUUGGUCUCCGAGCAAGGAGAAUCCAAGAUUCUGCGGCUAACCUCUUCCAGCAAGCUCCAGUUGGAAGAGGUUUCCGACACGUUGUACAACCGCCAAUCGGUGGUGACGCAAAUGCCGAGAUUGAUCUCGGUGAAUGAGAUUAAGAUGAGGCGCAAAGUUGAGAAUAGCUCCACCCACCAUCAUCAACAAGAUAAUAGCACGGUGAAGAAGGCGGGGAGCAAUCUGGUGAGGUCAACAUCGUUCAAGAUCAACUCCGCCAUUGUUGAGAUUCUUCAAGGUCGGAUUGGAGGGCAGCAACCGCACCUGCCGACUCCGAGAUGGUCGGAUUGCGAUUGUAAGACUUGUAAUUCUUGGGCGUCUUCUUGCAAGAACACUCUGUACGUCAAAGUUGAUGGUGCUAAAGGAAAUAAUAAUGUGCAAGAAGAUGUGCUGUUCAUUCAUGGCUUCAUAUCAUCAUCCGCAUUUUGGACGGAGACACUAUUUCCAAACUUCUCGAAGGAAGCAAAAGCAAAGUACCGUUUGUUUGCGGUGGAUCUGCUCGGGUUUGGGAGAAGUCCCAAGCCAAACGACUCCCUUUACACCUUAAGGGAGCACCUAGAUAUGAUCGAAAGGUCCGUUCUAGUCCCAAACAAGGUCAACUCUCUCCAUAUCGUGGCUCACUCUAUGGGUUGCAUUUUGGCCCUCGCACUCUCGGUCAAACAUCCCGGUCUGGUCAAAUCUCUCACUUUGAUAGCACCCCCAUUUUUCCCGGCGCCGAAGGGGGAACAACCGACGCAGCACAUGAUGAGGAAAGUCGGACCGCGGCGGGUGUGGCCUCCGAUGGCUUUCGCGUCGUCUUUGGCGUGUUGGUACGAGCACAUAAGCCGGACGCUUUGCCUCUUGAUCAGCAAGAACCACCGCAUGUGGGAUUUUAUUACCAAAGUCAUUACAAGAAACAGGAUAAGGAGGUAUUUGGUGGAUGGGUUUUGCUGCCACACGCACAAUGCUGUGUGGCAUACACUACACAACAUCAUAUGCGGAACGGCGACGAAGAUGGAAGGCUAUCUGGAAGCCGUGAACCACCGCCUGAAGUGUGACGUGACGGUGUUCCACGGCCGCGACGACAUUCUCAUCCCUUUGGAGUGCAGCUACAACGUGCAGUCGAGAAUCCCACGCGCCGAGGUGAAGGUGGUGGACAACAAAGAUCACAUCACCAUUGUUGUGGGAAGGCAGGAAGCCUUUGCCAGGGAACUAGAACAGAUCUGGGAAAACUCAACCAGCACUUGAUGAACAACCUACGUGCUUCUGCUAGCCAUGCAACAACGUUGUCUGAUUAUCUUUAUAGAGUAUAUAUGAAUUAUCUUAGCUUUAUAUAAUCGUGUCCAGUUUAUGGAAUUUAAAUUGGAUCGAGAUAUUCAUUCCAUGCAUACGUGUUCAGUGUUCAUAAGGAAAAUAACCUUAAGAAUUGAAGAUUAAUUUACACUUAUUGAGUGGGCAAGUUGUAACAUUAUAGCUCCUACAAAUACAUACCAUCGCAUAUACUACGUAUGAUUUAUUAUUUGUAAUGAACUAAUAUAAUGAUCUCGUUGGGAAUGGAAUGGAAUGCCAAGUUAUUUUCAUUUAUUACACAUAA